CUUCUGCUCCACCCACCACAUCCAUCCUGAACUUCAGGUAACACAGCACAAUUGCUUUUUCCGAGCGAGCGACGAGACGACGCGACAAAAACACGAGAAAAAAUGAAGAGAUUGUUUUUCCCCGGGCGAAUCAGUGUGGUCUUCCGCAAGGGCCCACUGGGAUUCCUGCUGCAGGAUCCCACCGAGGAGGCCAGGCAAAUUAAGGACAACCCGUCGAGGAGGGACAAGUCUCCUGUUGCACAGCAGGAGGUUGUAAGGCAAUACGCCCUUGCAGUGGUCCGUCAGAGAGGGGGAGAUGCUUCAGACCAAACUGAAGUACUGGGCGAGUACAUCCUGCAGUUUGGGAAGUACAAAGAUAUGUCCUUCCGCUGGCUCCUGGAGAAUGACAUGGGAUACACUGUGUAUCUUAUCCAAAGCCACCAGAGAGAGGAGGCUGCAGGAGUGCUGGUGGUUGAGGGGCAUAGCAAGGACAGCCUUCUGUCAUUCCUUCGCUAUGCCCUCAGCUUCAAGGAAAUUAAUACUCUUCUUGAGUAUGAGUCCCUAAAAACAUCUGUGCCCGCCCCAGCAGCAGAGGAUGACCAGCUGGUUGGAUUUGAUGCACGCGCCAGUAACACCUGGAGGGAGAUUUGGGAGAGCAGGGAUGAUGGCUAUGCAGCCUUCAUCUUAAGAAGAAAGUGCGCGACGGGUACAAAAAUGCACAAACUGCAACAGUACCUGCAGAAGCAGCAGCAGCAGCAACAGCAGCAACAGCAGCCCUCCACCUCUUUUACCAUCGCCUCCACAACCUUUGAUGAGAGCACGCUAAGGACGAAGACGAAGAGCUGGAGAAAGCCAUGCUCAGCAUCUCUCCAGAUAUACUCAGUGGAUCUGCUCCACCAACAUUAGAGCUGCUACGGUUUUCAGGUCCAGGGCGAAGUUCUUAAAUAACGACCGACCUCAAAGGGCAUUUUGUGAUUGCAUGUGUUCUCGUCACGUUCUACUUUUGUUCCUUUCAUGUGUGUUCUACCUACAGUCCAAGUGACUGACUAUGAAUUGAUACAGCCUACGAGAGGAACAUGCACCGACUGGCCCAGAUGCACCAGACGAUGCACCAGCUGUGCUGCCUCCAAAGAUUCCAGUGCCUUUCCCACGGGAGUUGAUGUUUCUGCUACCAGAGAAAACAAAGACCAAAGAAGAGACCGCACAGCCUGCCCCAGAAACUGCAUGUGCUCCUGGGAGCCCUGUAGCCUCCACUCUAUCUGCAGCAGAGCCACAGUCUGCACAGCGACCCCACAACCAACCACCAGUCCCACCUACGGCAGUCCCACCUACGCCUCCACCUCAACAAUUUCUGUCAUUUGACCAGGAGGUCAAUAAGUGGAACUGCACACACCAGCAGAAAAUAUGGAUGAAGUUGGAACUGGAGUCCAUGGGUCUGUGGCCAGGCUCCCGCCCUGUCAACAACCCUAUGAAAACCUUCUCCCUGUGGCGCUUACCUCCCCAGCCUGAGCUGAUUGACAGUAUUUAUGAUCUGCCGUCCCCAAAGUAUUUUCAUCUUCAUCCCUUUUUCGUCUGGAAGCCGGAAAAUGACUACUUGAUGGGGCGGCUAAAAAACAACUACACCCUGCCGUGCUCUGGUGACUGUUCUCAGCCACGUGUUGUCUCUGCUGGAGUCGGGAGACCGCGAGUGAUUGUGGGCCUCACUGGACAAUACUACCUGCUCUCCUCCAGGCUGUGCUGUAAGAGCUGCAAUAAGAGGUGGUAUUCCGACAACCCGCUCUGGCUGGAAAAGCUUCCCAAGAGGUUUACCAAUCUGUUGCCAGCGUUACUGACUUACAAGAAGGCCAUCUGUAAGUCAGUACUGGAUGAGUUGAGACGGACUGGAAAAUCACCCACAGACAUGGCAAAUCAGGUCAACAAGAUGUUGCAUCUCAAGUAUGAGCGUGCCAACUCCGUGCCAAGCCAUCUCCUGUGCUGCCAGAAUGUCAUGGAUGGAGAGGCAGGAACUUAUGGCGGCCAAAAGACCAUCACUCAGUUCCUUCGGCAGGAGCGAAAACCGUAGCCUUUUGGGGGCUACAGUGAUGGCUGGAACGGGGUCUCUGUGUCUGCCCACUACCUCACCGACUGCUUGCUGCAUGAGUUCCGGAACCAGAAGGACACCAUUCAGCGGAUGCUGCAGGGUACCUUUGGACAGGCUUUCCGCUCAGACCACACCCGGAAAGUGGCCAAGAAAGUCACCUUUUCAUCUGGUGUCAUGUCGUCAUACGCUGUGAUGAAUGAGAACUGGAUGAUCCUGUCCUGGGUCAUGGUGCAGUCUGAGAUGGACAAAACCCUGCGGCCGAUGUAUGAGGGUCUCUCAAACCCUCAAACAGGGCUGGCAUUGAGAAAGCCCAGUUUCAGUGGGUUGACAGGUGAGACUUCAUCACUAUAACCAGAAAUGUUUAAUCAGA